GGCCCCAUGCGGCGGGGCGCGGCGGCGGCGGCGGCGGCGCUGCUGGGGCUGGGGGCGGCCUGGCUGGUGGGCCGCGGGUUCGAGUCCCGCGGCCGCCUGCUGAGCGCCGCCGAGCUGGCCCGGUACCGCGGGGCGCCCGGUGACCCCGGUCUCUAUCUGGCCGUGCUGGGCCGUGUCUUCGAUGUGCAGCGCGGCCGCGGGCACUACGGCCCCGGCGGUGCCUACAGCGGCCUCGCAGGGAGAGAUGCCACCCGCGCGUUUGCCACCGGGGACUUCACCCACGCGGGGCUGGUGGACGAUGUCUCGGCGCUGUCGCCCGGCGAGCUGCUCGCCAUCCAGAGCUGGCUCUCCUUCUACGGCCACAACUACGAGCCCGUGGGGAAGCUGGUGGGCAGAUUCUAUGAUGAAAACGGGGCCCCGACAGAAGCCUUAAGGCAGGCUGAGGCUGCGAUUGAAGAAGCGCUGAAAUUCCAAGAAGAAAGUGAGCAGAGGAAGCAGCAGUUUCCACCCUGCAACUCUGAAUGGAGCUCUGCUAAGGGCAGCCGAUUCUGGUGCUCCAAACAGAGCGGAGGAGUGCCCAGAGACUGGGCCGGGGUCCCUCGGAAGCUGUACCAGCCCGGCUCGAGGGGGAGUCACUGCGUGUGCGUGAGGACCACGGGCCCCCCGUGGGGCCAGCCGGAGCCCGCGGAGCACGGCGACAGAGGGGAUCUGGAUCACCCGCAGCUGGAGGAGUACGACGGCUGCCAUCCCCUGGCCCAGCAGUGCGUCCUGGCGCUGUGACCCCGGGCGCUGGCUCCGCGCGGGGCGGGGGGGCCCGCGGCGCGGCGGGUGGGCGGUUGCAGCGCCGGCUCCGUUCCCUUCCGUCUGUCUGUGCGAAGGGAGCAGUAACAAUUUUUGACUCUCUUUUACCUCUUUUGGCUCUCUUUGACUCUCAGUAUUUGUGACUCUCUUUUAACGCGUGGAGCUGAGAGAAAGAGGAAACGCUUUAACCGAGUCGGUGGCUGAACCGCGAUAUUUUUACAUCUGGCAACAAACUGUAAGAUGCAUGGCCUGAAUUAUAUGUAAAAACUGAUUUCUUGCGCAGUUGGGAAAUAGCUGUUUGUGUGCACGGCGGCAGGUGCGACGUGUUGUGUUUCAGGCAGCGAGGUGGUGAGCACAAGAACUGCUGCAGCAUCACCGACCUCAGUUUAUGCAGAGCCCUCCGGUUGCCAGAACUCUGCCUAUCGCACUAAUACCCCUUCCCCGUCACCUGAUUGACCCCAGAGAGUCUAAAGGUAGCAGGGAGAAGCCUGAAUUUCUCCUACAAUUAAGGUACAUAGUAUCUAGGAACUUGUGCAGUUUAGUUAAACACAAGCUUUAUCAAAAUCUUAGCGUACAGAAGGCAAAGGUCAUAACUGUAUUUCCUCACGCCGUGUUUGUAUUAGAUACUGUGCAAAGCAGAUAGUGGAAACCACCUGUGACAGUCGUUGUUUCAUAUUAACCUCACCAUCCCGGUCCUCUGAUUCACUGCUGUCAAACUGCUCGGGUUAGGAAUUGCUGGUUUUAAAUAGACACUAACAAAAACGACACAACCACCCUGAUGUAAGCUGCCAUUUCCAUUCUGGCCUGUGACCUCCUCCCAUCUGAGGACACACGCUCUCAGGCUGGACGUACCCUCAUAACACCCAGCUCCCUUAAAUUCCGUACCUAUUUUUUUUGCAGCUGGUAACAUUCAGCACUACGAGCGACUCCUAAGAGUCAUUGCCAUUUCUGUGUGGGGCUGAAAAGGACAAGGGAAUGCUGGUGUAGGGCCUAGGUGCUAGGAACACCAGGCUGCAGGGAAGCAGUUGCUGUUUUACCUAGAAUCUCAUUAGGAUCAGCUUCUGGUGCCGCCGCAGCCUUGAGAGCAGCACCCCCCUUACGCAGCAUCCAGCAGUGGCCCAGCGCCGUGCUGUGUUCAGUUCUUUUCCUUAGGGCAGCUGCCAUCAGUUUUGAGUUAGUUUUGAGCUACUGCAACCUCUAAAGAAUGUCCCACAGAUGCAAGUCAUCAGUUAGUAACUAGUAAGAUUACUGGAAGCCUGGAAGCAUUGCUCCAAAGCGAGAGUAAUUACUUCCUUGCGGCAGCAGUAGGAUGUAGUACAGCACUUUUCAGCUGGGAGGGUUGGAUGAGGCUACAGGUGCCAUGGACCAGAGCUACACAGCAAUUUAACAGGUACAUGGUUGUUGAAAUAAAUGUUCCAGGGUUUGUGUGUUGGA